UUCAAAUCAUAGAUUAUACAUGAUACUGUCCACGAUUCUGUACAAAGAACAUUAAACAUACCGUUUCGUGGACCAUUUCGAACGGUCAUGCGUUCUUUAGGCGCAUGCAUUUACGCCCUCGAAUAACCACGAAGAGAGGGGGUGGUAUUUGAAGAGCGGACGCGCGAUUUCAUCCCUCACACGGUAAACCUGACUGCUUACGCGAGUUCCAAGUCUUUUUUGAGAAGACCUAGACGAGCUACAGAAAGUUUAAGUAAUUAACAAAAGUGUUCUUUUAAAUUUCAUCAAGGGAUCCUCCCCUCGAGUCACAGAAGUUGAUCGUAAGACUGAAGAUUCGGCAUGAAGGCAACCAAAUACGUCUGCUGUGUUUUGGUGCUUGCAUGUUUGAUGAACGCGGUGUACUCCGAGAUACCUCAAAAUAAGGUUGAUCAACAAUUCUUGGAUGCGUUUGCUACAGAUGAGUCUUUGAAAUCGAAGAGACCGUUCUGCAAUGCCUUCACUGGAUGCGGAAAGAAGAGGAAUUUCCAGGAAAAUCCAUCGAGCUUCCAGGACUCGGAAGGAAGCGGUGGCGUUCGACUUCCGCUGCCCGUUUACAAAGCUCUCUUGAAAGCAGCUUCUCAAAGUAUUCGAAACACGAUCAAUCGUGAUUCGAACGAAUAUCGAAUGUUGGCAAUCCCGCAGGUUUAUCUCUCCGGUAAAAUGCCUCUUCAUAAGAGAUUCGACGUUCCAUCAACUUCUUUAGAAUGAUCUGUUCCCUAAACUUUAAAUGCAUCAACGAUGAAAAUCUCGUCGCGCCGUACUGAAUUUAAGAAGACACUUUGUUAUAGCCAGACUGCG